GAUUAUUAUGCCAGAUAUAAAGCAAAAUUGCGACGAUAUUCCUAGAAAAAUAGUGCGGGAAAUACCAGAUAAAAACAUCUAAAAAAGCUAUUACAAAUAUUAGUUAGUUCGUCUCUGCUACACCAGAAAUCAAUGCUUAGAUUGCCACGAAACUUAAGAUGACGGUGCCGAACAAAAAAUACCAUUGGCCAAACAAAAAACCAUCUUGGUCGGAACCGGGAGUUUCUUUGGUGCAGGAGUUUGAAUUCAACCCUCCUUUCCAAACCAGGCUGAAUGAAGUUAUCGAGAAUAGCUCAAAGUUUCCGUUAGAAUUUCCCAUCAGCUCCGUCCGAUGUGAAACUUUGAUUAAGACGGUACCGGUACAAAUUCUGCAAAGGAACAUCAACUCCACGUAUCCGAUACUACACGAACAUUCUUUACGACUGUAUGGAGAUUUUCUUCAACACAAACGAAAGUUUGGAUCAAAUAUAGAGCGGGAGUUUUACAAGAACUGUACGUUGAAAAUGCUGGUCGAUCGUUUGCUGACAAAGAGGGCUGCAGUAUUUGUCGAUGAGUCUGAUUCCUACAUGUUAUUAGACGGAACCAAGGGAGCUGGAAAUUGGGAAACUAUAGGAACCCGGUCUGAAAAACCUCCUUUGGUGUUGGAAAAUUGCCUUUCUUACGACGAAAUGAAGUUGUCCGCGCUCCUAUCGGUAUCUUCCUUCACUUGCUUCAUAAACAACGGGAAUCGGGACAAUGAGGGAGAGCCUGCGAAUCACAACGUAGAAAACGACGGAAUCAUAAUUGGACUAAUAGGAGCCAGGUUCGAGAAGUACGGAGUAAUGGAAUACCAAGACAUCAUCGUCAACGCCAAGCAGAAUACCCAAGCAAACGGAUACGGAAAAUGUUUCGUACCCACCAUGAGAGGAUUAUUUAUGAAUUUCUACGAACAUGACUGUCUCGCGUUUGAUGAAAUGGAAGACCUGCUCACAGACAAAGCUGUGUUUAAGGAGAUUAGACAUGGCGUCUAUUUCAACAAGAUGGUCUACGGAAGACGACUUGCUUUAUCUAUCGACACCCUGCUAAUCGAAGCUAGUGCCAGGGCAAAAGCCGAGAACAAAAUGGCGUACAUCCACGUGGUGGGAUUCGGACUCGGCGUUUGGAGAACGACUCCUUAUCAGGAUUUUCUGUUUAUGGAAAUAUUUGUUAGACGAGUGGGGUGGCUUAGAAAUCAAUUGAGAAGCAUCAGCGAUAUAUGCUUUUCAUACAUGAACUGCUCCACUUCUUAUAAGGACAAAAUCCAAAACAGCGUGCCAGUAAAUUUUGCUCCGCUUCAAAAGAUAAAGAUACACAAACUUAACAGAGAACCCCACGAGAAACUUAGGGGAGAACACGAAGGUAAGCUUUUGGUGGUUUCGUAUGCUUGGGAUGGUAACAGCUUGCCAGGAAACGAAUUUUGGAUGGGACAACUGAAUACGAGUGGAGAUCCUGCAGCAGCAAGUUCCACCCAAAUCGCGGAAUUGCACAACGCACACAUCAAUCCUCAAGUCUGCGCAGACAAUUUAAGAAUUGCUACUAUUAAAGGCAUCGUGUCGUUUAGGGAAUAUCAACAAUUACUAAAAUCGUAACUUUUUGUUUACCUUUAUACAGGGUGCGCAUUGUUCAUAUUUUCAGGAUAUGCAUAAAAGGAUACGGCGAUGCUAAAAUUUUUUUUUCUUAAGGGCGAGAUAUUUUGAAUUUCUACAUUUUCGAAAUCUUCUUUAAAAAAGUGUGUGUUUGGUCAAGAUUUAGAUUUAAUUUAGAUUGAUUUAGAUUUAAUUUUGAUAUCGCUAAGUUCAUUUUCCAUCAAGUUGGUCAUACCAGCGUUUCUCGCGUGAAGUGUUCUAUUUUCUGUCGCAGAAACCAAGAAAAAGUCGAAGAAAUGAAUUCAAAUAAAUAUCCGGAAAAACGUCAUCCGAGUAGGGCUAUGUUUAGUCGUUUGAAAGACAGGCUUGUCAGCUACGGCAGUUUGCUAAGGUAAAAAGGAACAAACUUCUACAUGAAAAUAAAGAAAAUUGGGUCUUACCAAGCGUGGUUGAGGCAGGUCGUAUUGAAGAGGCGGCAGGCGUUGCUCGGUCAACAGUGAAUACUAUUUUAAAGCGCCAUGGAUAUCCUUAUCGCAAACGGCUUUGUCAGGGACUUCAGGAUGGCGAUACUGUUAAGCGAAUGAUAUUGUGCCACUGGUUUAUUCAGAAACAUAAUGAAAUCCUAAAUUUUUUCUUUAAAGUCCUUUGAUCUAAUCGGUGCCGAUUUCUCAAUUUACUCUUUAAUCGUGAGAAAACUGUAUUUUGGGCAGAUGCAAAUUCAUUGCUGGGAGUUAGACAUCGAGUGAUUUAACGCUGGGUUUGGUAUUUUGGGUACCCACAAAAUUGGACCAUGUUUUCUCUACAAUAAUUUAAACAAUGUUUAAACCUUAUACAAAAAAACGUAACAGAAAAUCUUAUGAACCUUUCGCUAGCGGCUCUGCAAUAAAGGCGUUUAAACAAGACGGCGCACUGCCACACAAUGCACAGACCGUGAUACACUUUUCAAAUGCAGAAUUUCCCAACAAAUGAAUAGGCCAUCCGGGACCACUCAGAUGGCCUGUGAGAUCCCUAGAUAUAACACCCGUUGAAUACUUUCUAUGGAGUCACCUCAAAAAUUAAGUACACAUUAGGUCCUAUAGAAACGUGGGAGAAUUAGGAGAACGUGUUAAAGAAACUCUUAACAGUAUUAUUCCGCAAAAGACAGUCCUCUGAAACAAUGUUGAGAAGAGGUAUGUGCAACAAAACGGCAGAUUAUUUGAUUAUUGUAAAAUUCUGUGUAUUUUCUUUGGUUCUUCGGUAUUUUAUUUUUGUUUGUUACGUUAAAAAAGUAAAUAAUUUUUAAAGGUACGUAUGAAAAUUUUACUGACUUCAUUUCAUAAACACUGUUGGGGUCCACUCAUGUUUUGAAAUUGAAUAGCAAUAUCAAAGCUUAUUAUCCUGAAAUAAUAUUUUUCUUAUCGUUCUGCAUUUAUCUUGAUCAAACUUAAAUGUGUUACACAUGAUUGAAAACCAUUUUUAAAGAAAAUGUUAAAGAUGCAGAAAUUCAAUAUUUUUGAAAUUUU